AUGAGAUACUUAAAUGCCAGCAACCGAGAGCUAGCUAAUGAAACCAACUUCUCUGCGGAAUCUGCUGAGAAUGUAACAUCUGAAGGAGUCAAACCCUGCCAAUUGCUUCAGUUCACCUUCCAAGAACUCAAAACGGCCACUGGGAACUUCAGGCCGGAUAGUAUCCUUGGGGAAGGUGGCUUUGGGUAUGUUUUCAAAGGGUGGAUAGAGGAGAAUAGCACAGCACCUGCAAAGCCUGGCACGGGUGUUACAGUGGCGGUCAAGAGCUUGAACCCUGAAGGUCUUCAAGGGCACAGAGAAUGGGUGGUGAGUGAUGUGAAUGUUUGGAGUUUCUAGAAGGGGAAACUAUCCAUUUUUAAUCUACCUUUUGUUUAUUUUUUCAGGCAGAAGUUGAUUUUCUUGGGAAACUCCACCACCAAAAUCUUGUUAAGCUCAUUGGAUAUUGCAUCGAGGACGAUCAGAGGUUGCUUGUCUAUGAGUUUAUGGCGCGAGGAAGCCUAGAAAACCAUUUGUUCAGAAGUGAGUAUCCAAUGUGAAGAUCUACCUUCUGUUGAUGGUCCAGGCUUUUCAUCCUUGAGUCUUCCAGAAUAGGAGGAAAAUAUUAGGGUUCGGAUUAGGGAUAAGGUUUGGGAUAUUCCCAUUUUCUUGAGUUGACAUCUUAGCGAUUGUUAUCUGUCCCAUCAUCUCUGAAAAAUACCUUAUGCUUCUAGGAAGUGGGUAUCUGGGAAUCCUUUACUGGACAUGAGGAUUUUAUCCUGAUAUUUUCUUCUUCUCCUGUUUUUCGAGGCUAAUCUUGAUAGAUUAGAAAUUUGAAUAUUGCUGAGAGGCAACCGUUCACAUUUUUUCUCGAUAAUCUAAGAGGCUUACUUUGCUUUUACUGACUCAGUUGUUGUGAUCCAAAAUUAUAUGGCCCAUCUCCACUAGAACCUAAUGUGCUCCUUUUGGUAAUUUUUGAAAAAUAUGACCCAUAUUUUUCAGUGACCAAAUGCCAGAAAACCUAGAUCACCCUUCAUGACUAAGAAUCAAUUAGUCGUAUACAUCUGUUUUUUUUUAAUUACAUAAGUAGUUGGAUCAUAAUAUCUUGGUGUUUAUAAUAAGAGAAGAAAUCUCAUCUUUCAUUGCUCUGGUGUCUGUGCGACCAUUCUAGGGGCUCUGCCUCUGCCAUGGUCUAACAGGGUAAAGAUUGCACUUGGUGCUGCAAAAGGAUUGGCCUUCCUCCAUGGAGGCUCCAAGCCGGUCAUCUAUAGAGAUUUUAAGGCUUCCAACAUACUCCUAGAUUUGGUAAUUCUUCUACUUCCCUUGGAGUAUAAAUGGUUGAUGACUGUAUGUAUGCCAAAGUCUCACAUCUUCUUCUUCCAUUAGGAAUACAAUGCUAAGCUUUCGGAUUUUGGGCUAGCAAAAGCUGGGCCCCAGGGUGAUAAAACCCAUGUUUCUACUAGGGUUGUUGGCACAUAUGGGUAUGCUGCACCAGAAUAUGUAAUGACAGGUACAUAGUACAGUCUUGCUUGCUAAUGGCGUUUCUGAUUCUUACCGAUUAGCCUCCAUUGUGGGCUGAACAUCGUAAUGGUUCUUGCGAUCCUGGAGAUAUUCCUGUUAUCUGUUUGAUUAAUAGAUUAGUACUAUCUGCCUAGAAAAUGUAUCUUUCUUUUGAGACACUGGGCAUAUUCCAUUAAUCUGCUGACCAUAAUCUGGAUCGAUUAAUCGAUUAGUAUCUGAUUCUGGCAGCCAUCACGAAAUCUUAAACCUUAUGACUCGUUCUCCAACUUUGUCUGGGAUUGUAGUACUGACUGUUAUUCAAUCUCCUUUAUGUGUAAUGCUGUUCUUAAGACUGCUACUGUAGUUUGACGACUGUAGAAAUCUGGAUCUGAUUCUGGCCCAUCACCAAAUCUCAUGUCUUUUUGAUUCAUCAUAACCAAUAUUAGUGGGAGUACGCUGAAUAAUCUUUUCUGAUUCCAAACUUUGAAGGAAAGGCUUUGGGACCCGUAGUAGGCUUUCAGGAAUCAUAAUCAAUGUCAGCGCAAUGCAUUCUUUCUGAACUAUUUUAUUGAUUCAUCAUGACUGACGAUGGAUACUGCAAACAUGGCUCUGAUUCUAGAUCUUACUAAUUGAUCGGCUUCUUUGUUUUUUUUCUAUUUUUCCUUCUUCACUGUGGAAUAUAUUUUUUUGAUUAAUUUUUUUGGCCUCUUUCUUCUGCGCCGGAUUAUAAACUCAUUACAAUUUCUGGAUGUGGAGUCAGAUCCAUCUGAUCCACUUCCAUUUUUCUGCUUGACUUCUAACUCCCAAGAAAUUGCUGCAGAAAGAUAAGAUUCUGAAUUGAAUCCCAUAACUGGCUGAUGAAUCUAAACAGACUAGAAAAUCCAAAAAACUUUGUCAUAUAACUUUCUUGAGGGAGUUGACCCUGAAUAUGGACUCAGACUCAGCUGACCUUGUCUGGUUGACUAUUAACUCUUGGGAAAUUUCCAAAAAGUAGUAAAAUGCAAUCUGAUAACCGCCCGAAAAAGCUAUGCUUGAUUGGAGGAGGAAACUUUUUUCUCAUUCUUUUAUUUUUUAUCUGUCGUGAAAUUGUAAUGUGAUGAUCCAAGUAACUUGACUCAAGAAUGAAGUCAGCUCUAACUCUGCUUACAUCCAGUUUUACAUCAUAUAUAAUUGUAUGAACAGAUGUAACUAAAUGGAACUAUAUCCAUAAAAUCUAAAAACUUCUGUUGACCCACAUGCCAUUGAAAAUUUUCUCAGGGCACUUGACAGCCAAGAGCGAUGUAUACAGUUUUGGAGUGGUGAUCCUGGAGAUGUUAACCGGGCGAAGAGCAGUGGACAAGAGGAGACCCAGUGGGGAGCAGAACCUGGUAGUUUGGGGCAGGCCUUGGCUAGGAAACAAGAGACGACUUUUCCAAAUAGUUGACCCUCGACUUGAGCUAAACUACUCCAUCAGAGGAGUCCAGAAGCUGGCCCAGAUAGCUUACUACUGCCUCAGCAGGGACCCCAGGUCCCGCCCAUCCAUGGAUGAAGUGGUGAAGGCUCUCACACCUCUGCAGGGCCUCAGUGACCUCGCCAAGUACUCCUUCCGACCCCUUUCAGCUCAGCAUCCCCAGCACAGGAGGAAACCAGCUGGGCAGCACAGAAACAUCCUUAAUUAUCCAUCUAAGGAAGGUAACUUCUAG